GAAGAAGAAGAAGAAGGAGAUAAAGAUAUCCGACAACAUCUAAGUUCGGUCCUUCAUUUGGAAGCGUUCGUUCCAAGGGACUUGCCAAGGCACUUCACCAUGUCGUCCAAGGUAUCUCGUGAUACGCUGUACGAGGCUGUCAAUAACAUGUUGGCGCAGUCUAAAGAGAAGAAGAGGAAGUUUACUGAGACGGUUGAAAUUCAAUUCGGUCUCAAGAACUACGAUCCCCAAAAGGAUAAGCGUUUCUCCGGAACCGUCAAGCUUAAGCACAUCCCCAGGCCUGCUAUGAAAGUAUGCAUCUUGGGAGAUCAGCAGCAUUGUGAUGAGGCCAAUGCCAACAAUCUUCCUUGCAUGGAUGCUGAGGCUCUGAAGAAGCUUAACAAGAACAAGAAGCUUGUGAAGCAAUUGGCUAAGAAAUACGAUGCUUUCCUCGCCAGCGAGGCCCUUAUCAAGCAGAUUCCCCGUUUGUUGGGCCCUGGCUUGAACAAGGCUGGCAAGUUCCCUGGUCCUCUCACCCACUCUGAUUCUAUGGUUCAGAAGGUGGAAGAAGUCAAGGGUACCAUCAAGUUCCAGAUGAAGAAGGUCUUGUGUCUCUGCGUUGCCGUCGGACACGUCACCAUGUCUGCUGACGAUUUGGCCCAAAACAUCCAUUUGUCCAUCAACUUCUUGGUUUCGCUGCUCAAGAAACACUGGCAGAACGUUCGUUCCAUUCACAUCAAGACCACCAUGGGAGUCCCUCAGCGCUUGUACUAGUUGUACCACGCAUGUGAUUGUUUGCUAAUAAACGUGAACAAUUCGCGAAAGAAA